UCGUUUUAAUAGCAUUUAUAAUCUCUAUCGUUUUUUGCCACCAUCAGCUGACAAGUUGUUACUGUUUGUAAACAAAACGCGUUAAAAAAAUGAAACUGUGAACUUUAUAAAAUAGUUAAAUCUGCAUACUUCUGUUUACUAUAUAUUUGUAUUAAAAUGAGUAGUAAUGGGGGUAACCGUCCUCCCAGUACGUUUUUCCAAAAUCAACCGCCUUACACACACUUCAAUAAGUCAUUUGAAGACCCUUCCGAUGCGUUAUUCUGUCAUUUGAACGAAGUGCAUCCUGUUUUCAUGACGCCUGAACACCAGGCGAAUGAUUAUAUAUUCGAAAUGCUAUUGGAUCCACGUACCAAAAAAGAGGUGGAUCACAUUUUCUAUGACUACUCAAGUGGCGUAAAACAAAGGGUUGGGCAUUUUCCCAUUUUAUUGCCUUCAAAUAUGACUAAAGUGGAACAUACCGUGGGAUUACGCGUGAUAGAGGCAUGGCAGGAAUAUAAAGAAGUUAACGAACAGGAUGUAAUACAAUGGCGUCAGCUGGAGAGUGCAAGAAUGAAAGACAAAACUACGUUUGAUAAGUGUGUUAUGGACUUCUCAAAUACGCAAAAGGAGUCGAUUUACGCGCCAUGUGAACGUUUGGUCAGACUUUACAAACAGUUAUAUACCGCAAAACUAACAAAAUUAUUAGAAGCGUAUCCAGAGAACUUGGCAUUAAACACAUGCGUCGGUCUACCACAUCCGCAAAGUUUUAAAGCUAGUCGGACUGAAUAUUUGCAAAUGGAAAAUGUGCGUAUGGUUAAACAUCAAGGUUGGGUGCCAGUGCUAGGGAACUAUAUUAAUGAAAUGCAACGUUUUAAUUUACGUAUAGAAAACUACAUGGAUUAUUACAUUAAUAACAUAAAAUCUAUACUACCAGACGAUAUUACAUGCCACACCAAUAAAGAAGCUAAAAAACCGGCGCACCAAAUUCAUAUUCCAUUGGAAUCGCUGUUAUUUCUGUUGACAACUGGUAGCAGCGCCGACCUGCCAACCGAAGUGCCACUCGAAAUUUCGGAAAGCGGUGUAGAAAAUUCGAAAGUUGUAAAGUUUGAAGAACCGUUACCGCCGCGUGUUUGCGGUUGGUUUGCUCACAAACAAGUAGUGGAAAACGCAUUUGAAACUUUAUUGAGUAGAAAUAAUGAUACACAGUGGCUCUAUAUGGACAAUUAUGUAGCCGAACAAGAAAAGACUGAGGAAACAGCCGAAAUUCGAGCGGUCGAUUAUACAGAAAGACACUUCCGUGCUUACAAAAUUGAACAGUAUUUGGAAAAAAUCAGUACGAAAGAGGAAGAGUGUGUCAAAACUAACUAUGCCGUUAUUGAAUGGCAUCUCAAUGGUAAAAUAGACGAGCUUAACACAGCACAGCUGCAAUUUUUUACACAAUUAAAAAUGUCCCCCUCAAAUGAUGAAUAUGGCGUGCAAUUGUUGAGCAGUCACUCAAUCAAAUUAGAAUAUAAACCACAAUUCGGUGCUGAACAAAUGACUAAGUACGAAUUAAUAAAGGAAUGGUUUCGUGUAAAACUGUUUGGUCAAUGUAAAGGAUUUUCCGAUUACGCCAUAUGCCUACGCGUAGCAGUGCAUGACUUCAGCCAGCAGCUAACGCAUAAAUUAAUGUUGGCAAAUAUCGAGAAACAACUUGCUGAAGUGCAUCAAGUGGACAUGCCAAAAUUGCUAACAGGACUGGCUGAUACUUUAAAUUUGUUAGCGAAAAUACCCACAGGGAAAUACUUCUUGCGCUUCAGUGCAAAAUUUCCCAACAAACUCUUGCUGUCUGCGCCAACUAAUGAAAUCACUUCGAACACAGUUUUCUUGCAUUCCCUAACUAAGGUGAAACCCUCCGAUUUAGUUUUUAUGACCGAAGUACAACACUUGCCAAUAGUUGAUUCAUUGUGCACUGCUUUACAUAAGCAACACAAAAUUAUGCCUUGUGCACUGAAACCACAGCUAACAAGACAAUCACAAACCAAAGUCUUUGGCAAAAUACUCAGUGACGAAGAGUUCGUACAGCGACGUAUGAGGGCUAAAUUGGAAUCGGAAAAGAAAAAGAUAGAAGAACGUUCGAAAUCAAUAAAAUCUCGUCGAAAAAAAGUAAAAGCAAGAAAGGCCAAACAGCGACGAAAGCGUAGAAUGGAAGAGGCAGCUAAUGAAGAAGCUAUAGAAAAAUUUAUAAAUGAAUUUUAGUAGCUUUAAACAUUUACUUUUGCAAUUAAAAUUAAUUUUCUAUUAAAUAUAAUAUGUGUACUAUUUAUUAA